AUGUCCAAGUUCCGUGCUCUUCUCCCAACUGCCGUCGCCCUGGCGCCGAGAACACAGCUCACCACUCCCUCCAACGACGCCGUCGCCGCCGCCGCUACCACGGCCGCCUCGGACCUUGUCAAGCAAGCCCCGUCUGCCGAAAAGGUCAACAGAGACCAAGUCGCCGACGACAUCGAUACCAGUGCCAACAAGAAAGAAAGGGUAGGAAAGAUGCCGGCGUCCGCGACCACGGGGCCUCCGCAAUCUCCCUCCUCCACGCCGGCCGCCGCUAGUGCCAAGUCCUCCACGAGAAAGGAGGAUGGGCCUGCCAAAGGUGGUGGUCACAUCCUCCCCGUGGCUCUCCUGUCGAUAUCUUUUGCCCUCGAUAAGGAGCUGGAGCUGACUCUCAGUCCGCCCAUCAAUGAACGAAUCGAGGCUUGUUGCCAAGUCUAA